AUGCGCCGACCUACAGCAACUGGCCGAACAACAAACACUUUCAACCUAAACCAACCUCCCGCACUCUCCAUUGGCAGAUCGGAACGACCGCUUAUCUCUACACACGGUGAAAUGAUUGCUAUCAUAGUAAUUAGAACCCGCGUCCGAUCUUUAGGAUUGGAGCAUACACCGUCCUCACGGCGAAGACGAGUAGAUAGUUCGGGACGUAUUAAAUAG